AUGACGCAGAUCGAUACCAAUGAUAUUGCGAGUGCAAGAAGAACAGCGAAUAUUGUGAUCAUUAACAAAGUUAGAAUCGUAACAGUUACGCAGGCCUGUAGAAGAUGGUAGGGGUCGAACACCAUGAUAACAAAGACACAACCAGAACACUAUCAAGUGUUUAGUAUAUUUGUUCAUCAUUUGUGGAUAGCCUAUUUACCACUCUCUUUUUUGCUUUAAUUUGUAUUUUUUGUUGUCCUAUCUUUGUGUGUGGGUUAAUAAACGUAAAAUGAAAUAUAAUAAUAACGAAGGUACACGAAAUAGUAACAUAAACAAUAUUAAAAACCAAAAAUCCUUAAAGGAAGCCACAAUUUAAGUGGCCUUCUUUUACAAAACAGAAUUAAAAGUGAAGGCCAGGAAUCGGAAACCGUCUGGCCGUCCGAUUCCCUUUGUUGUAAUAAGGCGUCCUUUUUGCCUUUUUGUGGACAAGUUGUUCAAAUAAUUACGUACUUUUUUUAAAGCAAAUUUUUGGUGUUAGGGGGCACAGGAUUAAUUGGACAGCUUAAUACGUUAUUUUUUAUGUUUAUGUAGGCAUUAUUAUAUAUAGGUACAUAUUUAUAUAGGUAUAUAACUUUAGAUAUAAUACUUUAGAUGGUAUUUCACAUAUAUUUGCUUACUUUACUGUAAUGAUGUUAUUUUAGAUGUAAAUGAAUGUUUACUGAACAAUGGAGGAUGUAAUCAGAUAUGUAUCAACAAUCUUGGUGGUGCUCCAGACUGUAGCUGCUUCCCUGGAUACGAUAUGGCUGAGGAUGGUAAAACAUGUGUUGGUAGGUAAUCUUACUUGUUUCCUGAGUACAUAUAACUGACUUUUGAUGACUAUUUUAAUGUAAAAUUGGGCAUAUACAAGGCUUAUACAAUAUUUUUUAGCUCGAGCUGACAAUGUUCCGAUGCCUUUGAAGUCAAAUUCAAGUAGGUUUUUAACUGAUAUGAAUGGCAUAGUAAACAGAAUUAUGUAUGGCGUAGUAAAAAAUUUUAAACAUUCUACUUUUGUUCAAAGAAUGUCAGUAUAUUGCCAUUUGACAUUUUAAACGUUACCUACAACAACAUUUUAUCUAGUUUUUGGUAUCCGUAGACUUGUAAUGUAGUUGCAGUGGUUACAUUGUAAGCUUACAGCGUUGAAUUUAUAUCGCUUUGUGCAUUGUUGUGUGUUAUAGGAAGAUACGACGCAAGGUACGAAGGAAUACGACGUGUUCAGCGAGUGCUACGGACAGAGUUACUGGACAAUAACAUACUCAGCGACAACGAGCGAUAUUACCGAGGUUUUUUACUUUUUGGUUGUAUAUGUGUUUACAUAACGUAUCUUGUGUAUGGGUUAUAUAAUGUAUGGUAUUUUAGUUUGUGAACGAGGUACAUUUGGAGAGGACUGUCAACAUACGUGCGAUGACUGUAAAAAUGGAGGUAAGUUGGAAUUGAAGAGCUAAAUGUAUAUCUUUUACUUUAUAUAUGUAGCAAAAAUGUAUAUUUACUUUAUACUAAUAAUAACUUAGUCGUAUCUCAAGGCUAUAAUAUGAUAUACUAGUUUAAACAGUAAAUAAUGAUCUUUCAGCCAAGUGUAAUAUCCUGAAAGAUGGCUGUAGGUGUCUGGCAGGCUUUAUCGGCACAUUGUGUGAGUUAACAUGUCCAGAGGGAACAUACGGUUAUGACUGUGCGUUGAAAUGUAACUGUAAUGGUGGUAAAUGUAACCCAAUUGAUGGUGAAUGUAAUUGUCCGCUGAAGGGAUUCUGCGACGACGAUUGUGCUCCAGGUAAUACAAUGUUAUGUUAUGUUUGGAUGGUUGAGAAGUAUUUAAUUCAGAAUGGCAUUACUUAACGUAUUUAAGAAGGUUUUCUAUUGUGGUAGCUAUAGAUCGCUGAAUAAUGUUAUUUUAGGUAACAAACUCAAUUUAUGACAUUUUUUAGGAUACUAUGGUCAAAAAGUAAUUAGAAUAGUAUUGUUUGACUUGUGUAGAAUUGUUUUCAAUAAAACAAUUAUAGAAAUAUUAAUUUAGGUAACAAAUUCUAUUUAUAUGACGUUUUUUCUAGGAUACUACGGUCAAAAGUGUGAUAUGGAAUGUAAAAGUGUGUGUGAUGGUAAAUGCGAUCGUAUCUUGGGCGAAUGCACAUGUACAAGUGGCUUCUAUGGGCCUUCUUGUGAAUUGCCAUGCCCAUUCUUAACAUACGGACCCAACUGUAGGAAGAAGUGUGAUUGCAAUGUUGAUGGUACUGAAAUGUGCAAUGUUAAGGUAGGUAUAUCUCCUAUAUAUAUCACUGUUGCUUUACUUAUAUUAGGUUGUUUAAAUAAUUCUGGACCCCUUCUUAAAGCAAAUGCUUGAGGUUCGGGGGGCCCAGAAUUAUUUGAACAACUUUAUCUUAUGUUUUGGAACUGUUGAUCCAUAUUUACUAUUACAUACAUAUAUAUAUUUACUUCAGACAGGAGAAUGUAGAUGUAAAGCAGGUUACUAUGGUCCUCAAUGUGAACGUUCUUGUCCGGCCGGCUUCCACGGACUGGACUGUGCCUUCUCUUGUAGCUGUAGACAUGGUCAGGCAUGUGACCCUAUCACUGGGGAUUGUCAUAGGAAAUGUCCGCCUGGUUAUACUGGCAGCAAGUGUGAUAAGGGUAAGUUGUAGUAUAUUAUGAAAUGUUUAAGCAUGGUAAUGUUGUUACUUUGGUAAAUACUAUAGUGUUAAGUAGUUCAUUUUGUACGUAAUUUACUACAGUAAAACGACUUUUUAAGAAUGUGAAAGGGGGACAUACGGUCCAGAAUGUUCAUUGAAAUGUGACUGUCCAUCAGAUGGAGGAAGGUUAUGUCAUCAUGUCACAGGACAAUGUUCAUGUCCUCUUGGUACUACUGGUGCUCAAUGUGAUCAACGUAUGUUUUAGACAUGUAAACGGACCGGGCGUGGUUGUGUGGGCCACAUAUUACGUUUUCUUUUUAAAUUAUGUUGUUGUAAAUUGACUUUACACAGUAAUUUAUAAGGUUAACAUGUAAAAUACAAUAAUAAUAGUAUUUUUUAUGGUUUUACUUUUUACUAUGAAGUAGAAGUUUAGUUUUCUGCAGUAAUUGAAUAGGGCAAUAUGACUUUUAGCAUGUCCUCCAUUGUGGUACGGCCCUAACUGUAAAUGGCAAUGUAAUUGUACUAAUGGAGCACGUUGUAAUCCUCAAGAUGGUACUUGUUUGUGUCCAGAUGGUUACUAUGGUGCCACUUGUUCUGAAAGUAAGACAUACUUUAAUUUGUUCUUUAACACUAUUUAAUGGUUUACCUUUUUACUUAUAUAUCUAUGGUUAAUAUAUACUUCAACAGUACUUUAUAAUACCGUAUAAUUAUUUCAGAGUGUCCACCAGGUCGAUUUGGCACGCAAUGUAUGCAAAUCUGUGAGUGCCAAAACAAUGGAGAGUGCGAUGCAUCGACCGGUCGAUGUUUAUGCCCCGAGGGCUUCUUUGGCACGGAUUGUAGUCAAAUGUGCCCGAAAGGUUACUACGGUAACAACUGUGAUAGAACGUGUAAUUGUGGCGAUGGAGAGUGUGAUCCGCUGGACGGGGAAUGCUUGUGCCCUCCGGGCUUCAGAGGGUUGGGAUGUGGGGAAAGUAAGAAGUUUGAGGGUUUUGUUGUGUUAUUGUCUUAUAGUAAUACAUGGUAAUAUAACAUGAAAGUGUAAAUGAUAUUAAAUUGUUGAAAUAAUUCUGUGCUGUAACUCCGACAAUUUGAGGGGGCACAGAAUUACUCGAACAACCAGAUAUAAAAAUAUUUUGUUGUAGAAUGCCCUGAAGGAACGUUCGGAGUAGCUUGUAAAGGAAAGUGUGACUGCAAGAACAAUGCCACAUGUGAUGCUACCAGUGGGCUAUGUGAAUGUAAAGACGGCUGGAGAGGAGUCAAGUGUGAUCGACCAUGUCCAGAUGGAUUCUAUGGUCACAAAUGUCAGAAGACUUGUCUUUGCGGGGUUGAAGGUAACACAUUUAGACUUAUUCUUGUUUUAGGUAUUGAUUACUAUUACGUAAGCUGGUAUCUAACGUGGUAGUUUGUGAACCUCUAUAUCUAAAAGAUUAAUGUAGCAGUUCUAAUAUAAGUUUCUUAUGUUAAUUUAGGUAAUAGCUGUAAAUUUAGGUAACCCCUUGUUUGCUGGCAAAUGUGAUCCAGUAACCGGUCAAUGUGAAUGUAAUUCUGGAUGGACGGGUCCGGAUUGUACAGAACCAUGUCCUCCUAACACCUGGGGCUCAGGAUGUAACAGAAAGUGUAAUUGCGAAAAUAAUGGCACUUGUGACCCACUGACGGGCUUCUGCGACUGUCCAGCUGGAUUCAUGGGCAAACGAUGCUCUAAUGGUAGGGGUUUUGACAUGGAUAAUAUAAUUUAUUAAAAAUUUAAAUUUUUUAUUGUGUUGUUGUGACAUGCAACAGACGAGUGAAAUAUAUAAAGUGUUAUACUAAAUAAGUUGUGUAAAUACUGAGAUAUGGGGUGUCCCAAAACUUUUGCGUAGCACUAUGUUACAGUAUGUCCUGAGGGAAUGUUUGGACCAAACUGUGUACAACAUUGUCUGUGUAUGCACGAGUCUGAGUGUGAUCCAAUCAAUGGACAAUGUCAAUGUAAGGCUGGUUGGACUGGACCUGCUUGUGAAUUUUGUAAGUUGUUCUUACUAGUAUUAGCUUUAUUAGUACUACUAAAUCACAAAAAUAUUUGAUUUAUUUCGAGUACUAUCACUAUUACUUGGCUAGAAUAAUGUCAACAAUAACAAAAUAAAUUACAGUAUGCCCAUUUGGAAAGUACGGUCCGAACUGUGAGAAUGAAUGUGACUGUCUGAACGGUGCAAGUUGCGACAGAAUCACUGGUAAUUGUGUUUGUUUGGUCGGGUACAAAGGAAAGCGGUAAGUGUAUUAUUGUAGGUCUUUUGCAGAUUUUUUAUCACAAUAAAUUUUGAAUUUAAUGGCUUGUUUUAGCUUACAUUGUAAUAUGUUACUAAUGAUGUUAUAUUAACUUUGAAUAUAAAUGUUUUUAGCUGUGAAGAACAUUGCCCUGAAGGCUUUUACGGUGAAGAAUGUAAGGACAAGUGUGAAUGUGAGAACGGAGCUUCUUGCGAUCCUAUUACCGGUCACUGUAAGUGUACAGAUGGGUGGAGAGGCAAGAAAUGUCAUCGGUGUAAGUUUAGCCAUCUUUAUUAUCUUUAUAUUGCUUUAGAUUUAAAUUUAAAGUUAUUUUUCAAUUAUUUUUGUAGUUAUCUUUGUGGUAUCCGAUAAUGUUGUUUUUAAAUGUAAAGUAAUAUAAAUUUUACGCUUUUUUUAAAUUUAAAAUAUGUUUCUAAUUCGAUCAAUUCUAGCCUGCCCCAAGGGUUUCUAUGGCAAAAGCUGUGCCCAAUCGUGUCAUUGCCACAACGGAAAGCCUUGUCAUCACAUCACAGGCCAAUGUCAAUGUCCUCCUGGCUAUUCUGGCAUCGGAUGUACAGACCUAUGUCCUCGAGGCUUGUUUGGCCUGGACUGUGUGUCCAAAUGUAAAUGUGGCGAUAACGAGGAGUGUGAUCCCUUAAGUGGCGAGUGCUUCUGUCGCUCCGGGUCUCGAGGCGAAAACUGUCGCGAAGGCUGUGUUCAGGGUCAGUUCGGACAGAACUGUGCUCACAAGUGUCAGUGUGAGAACGGUGGGAUCUGUGACACCGUGACUGGAUCGUGUGACUGUCCCCCCGGCUUCAUUGGCUCCAGAUGUGAGCUGACUUGUGAAGCCGGUCGCUUCGGCAAAGACUGUGCCAAGAUAUGUGACUGCCAGAACGGUGGAGUCUGUGAUCGGAGUUCUGGAGCGUGCCGAUGUGCUUCUGGAUUCACAGGACCUCAUUGUACUCAAAUAUGUCCUCAAGGACGAUACGGUGUGAACUGUAAAGAGAAGUGUCAGUGUGCAAACCACGCUACGUGCGAUCCGACUUCUGGAGAGUGUAGAUGUUCGUUAGGCUUCACUGGACCUGCUUGUCAACAGUCUUGUCCUAGUGGGAAAUACGGAGUGAAUUGUACAUUAGACUGUGAAUGUCAAGGUGACGCGACGUGUGAUCCAGUUCAAGGAUGUUGUAAUUGCCCUCAGGGGAGGUAUGGGACCAGAUGUCAGUUCAGUAAGUUUUAAAAAGCUUAAAUUUGCAUAUUUUACAGGAUUUUAAUCGUAUUUUGGUUAAACUUAAUAUAUAUAUAUAUAUUAUGAUACGGUAUUACAUACAUUUGUAACUAAAAAUAAAUUUCAGCAUGCCCUCAAGGCUUUUACGGCUGGUACUGUAGUAAAGUGUGCGAUUGUAAAAACGGAGCUACCUGCGAUCCAAAUGAUGGUCAAUGUCUAUGUCAACCUGGAUUCAGUGGUGAUAAGGUUUGUUUACUCUACUUUUGCUGUAAAUUAUUUUUAAAUUUUUAAAAUUUUAAAUUUCGAAGUUAAGAUGGCUUACUUUAGUGUGAAAAGCGGUGUGAAGUCAACCGCUACGGCCCCAGAUGUUCGUUGGAAUGUGACUGUGGAGAACAUGGCUGUGAUCCGGUUACUGGCGUUUGUGAUUGUCCUCCUGGCAAACAUGGGCCCAAGUGUGAACAGUGUAAGUUACAACAAUGUGAAGAUUAACACAGUCCACCUUAUGAUACUGUGGUAAAGGAGAACUUAUAUUAACACAGUCUACUCCAUAAGCUGAUUUUUUAAAUUUUAAAAAUAUUAUUGUAGCUGAAAGGACAGUAUAGUUAUAUGACGUUCUAUUCCUUAGUUUUUCAGCGUGCCGGCACGGUAGAUUUGGGAAGAACUGUGAACAGAAGUGUGAAUGUUACAAUGGCGCCAGAUGUAACAAAGAGACUGGAGCUUGUAAAUGUUCUCCAGGGUACUUAGGACCAACUUGUCAGCUCGAACAUACCGGUAAGUGGCUUGCUGAUAUUAUACAUGGGUAUUCAGUUUUUCGCCAAGAGUGGUACUUCAAGUAAAGGUAUACCUUAUCAAAAGGUAUCAAUGUAGAACUACAAUCAUAUCACCAAGCAUAUAUUAAUAGGUUGUUCAAAAAAUUCUGUGCUCCCUUCUCAAAGCAAGUUUUUUGGGGUUAGGGGCACAGAAUUAUUUGAACAACAUACAUAAUAUAAUAUCUUUCAUUGUUUAUAAUAUGUUGUACAUGCUACUUCAUUUACAGACCCAGAAAGUGUGGCCAAACGUGGAGACCUGCCCGACUACGACUUCUAA